AGAAAGAGCUUCAAACUGCAAGAUCGAAGUUUUUUUUAGUAUUUUUUCCUCUUUUGUGUCUGUCUCGUAAGACAGAUUACAAAAUUGGGAGUUGGCGGUAAAAUGGGAGCAUAAACGUGGUAUUUUGAAGACAUUUUAUCUGCUUUCAUACUGAAAUUUCACCGCAUAUAGCAACCGGUUUACGAUGCCAAAACCAAAACUAAAGGGAAACAAUUCAAAUACCCGCAACCGAUCUAAAGCUCAUAGGAGAAGCCGGACUAGAAAUGGCAUCAAAGACUCAAAGAACAUGGUCUUCAUGAAAAAAGGGAAAGUGGUUCAGGCUGCAAGGUCUGUGAGCCCGAGAAGUGACUCAAGUGCAGCCAGCGGUGACCAUGAGGGCGCAUGCGAACUCGGCAGUGCGUCCGAUUCCAAGAUGGCGGCAAUGUUCGUUCGUGAACCGAGUUUUGAUGACAAUCGAUCAGAUCUUAUAGACGAUGAAGAGGACAGGGGAUUUCUUCGACACAGUGACUCCGAUGAAGAUACUGAAGAUGCAAGUGAGACAGAUAUGGCUAAACUAGAGGAGGAAUUUACUGAAAUGAAAGAACAGAUGUACCAAGAAAAACUCCAAGACUUUAAAAAUCAACUUCAACAAUUGAAAAGUGGGAAGCACCAGGAAUACCUCAAAAGGUUAAACAAACUGGAAAAGAUUAAAGAUGACCGACUAGUGAUUUCUGAAAUCUGCAGGAAAUAUGAGAUAGAGUUGGUGGAGAAAGAAUACAUCAGAGAAAAGCAAGCUGUUCAGCAAGAGUAUGAGAACAAAAAGGUGGAACUGAAGGAUACACUAAUGUCAGAACUACUUGAGAAAAAGAAAACCAUAGAGAAUGAAAGAGUUACCAUGGAGCUUACAGGAGAUUCUGUUGAGAUUAAGCCAGCUGUGACAAGAAAGCUUAGAAGAAGACCAAACGAACCCCUUCCUGCCCCAGAGAAACGGAGAAAGACGUCUCCUCAGAUCAACUACCUUUUAGAUGAACAAGAUAUUAUGGAUGAUCUGCGUGCCCUCAACAAACUUGUACUUCCUAUGGAGAGUCGAUCCAAUUCUCCUGCUCCAUCACUCACCAAAAGUAGCAAUAGUCGCAUCAAGGGUGGCAAUUCAGGGAACUCUGUUGAUAUGGGAGAUGUCAGAAUUGAAGAUGGAAAGUUGUACUACGACAAGAAAUGGUUCAGUAAGGGCACCAGUAUCAUAGUGGAGAACAGAGAAAAUGGCAAAUACAGUGGUACUUUAAGCUCGGUUGGACAAGCAGAGAUCUGGGUGAAGAAGACUGACAAUACUAAAGCCAAGAUAUAUCUAUCAUCUUUACUGAAAGGCAAAUUCACCUUGCGCAAGAAAAAUAGCAACUCUUCCUGAACCUAAACACCUACCAACAGCCUUUUACAUAAAGCUGAUCUCAAAAAGGUUGUCGACCAUUAUAUAUUCACUUUCCACAGAAAAAAUGCUGACUGAUUCAUGGUGCUUCACCCUCAUGUGCAUACCUGUCAACCUCCGGAAAUCUUAAGGCUUGAGAUUUUUUUUGGGAGGGAAACGUGGGAGAUCUGGUGCUCAAUGUGGGAGAAGGGACCCAAAACUUGAGAAGUCUCCCACCUAAUGUGGGAGAGUUGAAAAGUAUGCAUUGGUAUUUUUAUUAUAGAUAUCUUUUUCGGUGGAGAACCUUUUCAGGGUCCCUAGACCAGCAGAAGUUUCAUCUUAAGAAAAUAUCUUCAAAUUAACUUGCUGUCAGUAAAGCAUUUCAUUAGCUUGUACAGGUUAUUUGUCCUGUUUUAAUGUACAAUUUUGUAAAUAGAAAUGUUUCAUUACACUACAUUGAGUAGAAAAUAAAGGGAGUACACAGUA